AUCUCCCAAUGGCAAACUUUCCAAACAUUACUUUAAAUUUUUGUACGUUACUGCAUGUGGAUCGGUCUACCAGACUGCCUGCGCAUUUGCAAAAUUGUCACAGAUGUUGUCGUGCAUCAUUCGGGAGGGCGACAAUGCCGUACUCGAUAUCAACAAUUCUCAUAAGAUGUUUGUCACCGUCAAACCGGGCAGCAAGGUGAAGAUUGGCAAGGCUAUGUGCUCUCUGGAGCCCCUCAUUGGCCAGUACUAUGGCAUACAGUUUGCGCUGGCGGCUGAUGGACAGACCCUCGAAUUUAAGCGACCAAAGAUGGAAAGGGAUGACGGGACCCAAAAGGAUGAGUGGCAUGCCAAUGGGACCAUGGACAAGAACAAUAGCGAGCUGCUGGACAGAGGGGAUGCCCAUCAGAACCUGAAGCCCGCGGACAUCGAGGCCAUGCGCGAAGCUGGGAUGGGAGGCGAAGCCAUCGUCGAAGCCUUGCUGGCAAACAGCGAGACCUACGAAAGCAAAACGCAGUUUGCACAGGCAAAAUAUCGCAAGCGCAAGGCGGACAAAUACAUGGCACAGGCGACGCUGGUCAGGCCCACAGCACGAUCAGUGGCCGAGGCAUAUUUUGCCAAGUCCCCCCAGAAAAUCCAGGGCCUGCGCGCCGACAGCCUGGCCUUGCUACUCUCCCUCGCCAACAUUGGCUCGCAUGCCAGGGUGCUUGUGAUUGAGACCUGCGGCGGCUUAGUCACUGGCGCUGUGGCAGAACGCCUGGGAGGCUCUGGCCUGGUGGUGUCAGGGUACACCGGACUGAGGGCUCCUUCGCUGGACAUUGUGCGCCAGUUCAACUUCCCAGCCAGCAGCAAGGCCAGCAUGGUGACAGCGCCCAUCAAUGCUCUCCUGCAGUGCGGACAGCCAGCCCCUGCAGAAAUCCCAGUGAGCGCUCCUCCAGAGAGCAACGCAGCAGCAGCAGAGGCCGGAGCAGAAGAUACGAAGCAGGACACGCCCAUGGCGGAUGCAGGCGCCGAGCAGGCAGCAGAGGCGCUGACACCGGCACAGGAGGGGGAUGCAGCAGUGCCUGUGGCAGGCACCACUACAGCUAAAGCUGAGCCGGUCAGUAAUGGAACAACUGGGGCAGCAGAAGGAGGGGUAGCGCAAACAGUUGCAGAGAGCAGAUCAGGGCAUGACGCCACCAGCAGCUCCACGCGGGACUUGCCAGACAUUGUCCAGCAGACCUGCCGCCAAGGCUUCAGCUGCUGUAUUCUGGCGGCUCCCCAGGUUCAGCCCCUGGCGCUGCUGCGCAAAGUGCUUCCGCUGCUGGCGCCGUCUGCUGCGUUUGCAGUCUUUGCAAACUGCUUGCAGCCGCUCGCGGACUGCAUGCUGGCCCUGCAGGUCUCAAAGGAAGCAGUGGCGCUACAGUUGCAAGAGUCGUGGUGGCGGGAGCACCAGGUGUUGCCAGGGAGGACACAUCCGGAGAUGAUGGUUUCAGCGACGGGAGGCUACAUUCUGACAGGCUACAAAGUAGUGACACCAGCAUGAUGCGAUGAACCGUGGCAGCAAGUAUUUUUAUGAAGGUUUGCCGACUGCUGAGACAUUUAGCGACCCUUGGGCCCAACAAUUGAUGAAGUGAAAUGCAGCUGUAAGGCAUAUUUACAGGC